UGUGUACAAAUUUUACUGCACUAGGAAAAGAUUACAUAUCUUCACAUUGCACUGCAUUUUUAUUAUUUGAAGGUGGAGCUAACAAGCAGUUUAUAAAGAGGUUACUGUCGGUUCUGCUCCACAUCCACUGCAUCUGUGGGAGCAGCUGUGGGGCAGAGGUAAAACCACACUCCUGAGGAAGAACAAACGCUCAGCAACGAUGGAGCUGUACUGCACAGAGCCCAGGAAACUGGACGAGUUCAUCAAAAGAAACUUGGAGCCAGUUGGAUUUAAUGCUGAGGUGAAGCAGGCUGUGCACAGAAUCUGUGAAUUUUUAAAGAAUCGAUGUUUCAUGCAUCAACCCAGCAUUAAAGUGAUCAGAGCUGUUAAGGGUGGGUCAUCAGGCAAAGGUACAGCCGUAAAAGAGAGCUCAGAUGCAGAUCUUGUCGUCUUCCUCAGUUGCUUCAAAAGUUUCCAGGACCAGAGAGACACCAGGCUUGGAAUUCUGGGGGACAUUCAGCAAAUGCUGGAAGAAUGCUCCAGGAGCCUUGCGUAUGAGAUCCGUGAUAUUACUAUCACCUCAAUAAAACAAAGCAGCAUCCCACCAAAAUCUCUGAGCUUUGAGUUGAGAUCAAAGAAAUCUUCAGAGAGUGUGUCAUUUGAUGUUCUGCCGACCUAUGAUGCAUUAAAGGGGAAGUCCAAUGCGAAUGAAGCACAUUGUGAAUUGAUCAGAUUUAGAAGCAGAAACAGCACCACAGAUGGAGAAUUUUCUGCCUGCUUUACUGAACUUCAGAGAGCGUUUGUAAAGAAGUAUACUUCAAAAGUCAAAGAUUUGAUCCGCCUGCUGAAAUAUUGGUACAAACUGUACGUGAAGCCACGGCAGUCAGAGUUGAGAGCCGGAACACGACUGCCACCAAAGUAUGCCCUGGAGUUAUUGACUAUCCAUGCCUGGGAACAAGGUAAUGGCAAGGAGAGAUUUGACACGGCUGAAGGGUUCCGCACAGUCCUGGAACUGAUCUGCAGACAUCGGGAACUGUGCAUCUACUGGACUGACUACUACGAUGUCACUAAUGGAUCCUUGGCAGAAUUUUUAAAAAAUAAACUCCGUGAGAGGAGACCAGUAAUUCUCGACCCUGCUGAUCCAACUGGAAACGUGGCUUCAUCAGGUGUCUGGGACGUGAUGGGAGAUGAAGCCAGGAAGUGCCUAAGAAUGCCUUGUGUCUCUGGCGUCAGUCCUUGGCAUGUCCAGCCAGUGAAGACAUUUGGAGUCACCCUGGGUGUAAUGGAGAUAUUUGUCAGAAAAGAUGGACGUGACCAGACGAUCCAGGUUUUGCCAGAUGACCAGGUUUCAAGUUUAAAAGAUAAAAUUGAAUCCCUGCAGCGAAUCCAGCGAAGCCAGUACUACUUAACCUUUCAAUCAACGCCGCUUGAAGAUGCACGUACACUGCAAUCUUAUGGCAUUAAGCACCAUUCUACCAUCCUUGUCAACCUGAGAUUGCGUGGUGGCACUGAGAUUCAACUUCCUAAUGCAGUGGAUCCUAACUGAACAGUUUGAAAAUCAAUGGCAGUGAUAAAGACCUGAAUUAGUUUUUCUCAUUUAAGGUUCCAUAUAACAAUUACAGCAUGGAAACAGGCCAUCUCGGCCCUUCUAGUCUGUGCCGUACGCUUACUGUCACCUAGUCCCAGCGACCUGCACUCAGCCCAUAACCCUCCAUUCCUUUCCUGUCCAUAUACCUAUCUGGUUUUUUUUUAAUGACAAAAUCGAACCUGCCUCUACCACUUCUUCUGGAAGCUCAUUCCACACAGCUACCACUCUCUGUGUAAAGAAGUUACCCCUCGUGUUACCCCUAAACUUUUGCCCCUUAACUCUCAACUCAUACCGUUUUGUUUGAAUCUCCCCUACUCUCAAUGGAAAAAGCUUAUCCACGUCAACUCUAUCUAUUCCCCUCAUAAUUUUAAAUACCUCUAUCAAGUACCCCCUCAACCUUCUAUGCUCCAAAGAAUAAAGACCUAACUUGUUCAACCUUUCUCUGUAACUUAGGUGCUGAAACCCAGGUAACAUUCCAGUAAAUCCUUUCACUUUUCUAUUUUCUAAUUAUGAUUUAUAAUUUAAAUUUUUAUUGUAUUUACUUCAAUUUGUACUUCAGGGAGUGUGAAGUACAGAAUCAAAUAUCACUGUGAUGAUUGUACGCUCUACUAUCAAUUGUUUGGUGACAAUAAAGUACUUGUAUUUGUAUUGUAAAUCUCCUCUGUACUCUCUCUAAUUAGUUGACAUCUUUCCUAUCAUUCAGUGACCAGAACUGUACACAAUACUCCAAAUUUGGCCUCACCAAUGCCUUGUAGAAUUUUAACAUUACAUCCCAACUCCUAUACUCAAUGCUCUGAUUUAUAAAGGACAGCAUACCAAAAGCUUUCUUCACCACUCUAUCCACAUGAGAUUCCACCUUCAGGGAACUAUGCACCAUUAUUCCUAGAUCACUUUGUUCUACUGCAUUCCUCAAUGCCCUACCAUUUACAAUGUAUGUCCUAGUUUGAUCAUUACUACCAAAAUGUAACACCACACACUUAUCAGCAUGAAACUCCAUCUGCCAUCUUUCAGCCCACUCUUCUAACUGGCCUAAAUCUCUCUGCAAGCUUUGAAAAACUACUUCAUUAUCCACAACGCCACCUACCUUACUAUCAUCUGCAUACUUACUAAUCCCAUUUACCACCCCGUCAUCCAGAUCAUUAAUGUAUAAGACAAACAACAUAGGACCCAUUACAGAUCCCUGAGGCACACCACUAGUCACAGGCCUCCAACCUGACAAACAGUUAUCCACCACUACUCUCUGGCAUCUCCCACCCAGCCACUGUUGAAUCUUUGAUUACCUUUGGUUAAUUACUUUGGUCGAAUCAGCAUUAACUGUAACUGAUGUGAGGCAGGAACUCUUGAAACACAUAUUGCAUAUUGUGUUCUUUCUGAUGCAACAUAUCCCAAGUUAGCUAACGUGACCAAUAUCUGAUAAUGGAACUGGGGUGAUUGGGAAGCUCGGAUGAUUUAUGCAUCGUGGGUACCUUGUCAGUGCACAAUCCCCACCCCCUCGGACCUCAUCAGACCCACGUGGACACUUCUCCCACAGUGCACUUUAAACUCUGGCAAACCCUAUGCUUGUCCACAAUUCUCUUGCACCACACACGGACAAAGUGAAUAGCCGUACCUAUUGAUCUUUGAAUCUAUUUAAUUAUUAUGCUUUUUUUUCUCAAGGCUCUUCUCUUAAGCGUCAUAAACACAAUGACUUGAAUCGAGUAAAAGAAUUUUUUUGUGAAUCCACAUCGGUACAAUGUGAGAAAUGGCAGCCAUUGGCUAUAUGUCAGGGAAGAAACUGCUGAAAUUAUCUGAAUAAUAAUGUCUUAAUAUGAUGUAAAUUCUGUUUUGUAUUGUUGGAAAUUCAGCAGUCAAUAAAUAAAGCUGUUUUAAUGUUUGAA